CGCGACUGCAACGUCACCGAUACUACCCAGCAGUCCGCAUCCAGAAUCUCAAGAUGCGUAUAUCUCUUCUGCACCUUUUUUCCUGCUUUGGUGCGCUCUCGGCACAAGCCAGACCGUCAUCUGACAAGAGCACACUGUCAUCGCCACUACCACCUCAGACGCGAGACCACCAAAACACAGACAUUAUGAGCCGCGCAGCGAAGGCCAACCAGCCCGAAUACUAUGGUCCAUCCCAGACAGCACUCCUCUUCCUCGACUAUCAGAAUGUGCUCUUUGCCAUGAUCCCGGACGAGGUGACAAGGCAGGGCGUCCUCAACUCGGCCAAGCAGCUGCUCGAUACAGCACGCAACAGCAAUGCCGUUAUCAUCCACUGCCUCAUCGAUACCAACAUCGACCCUCCGCCCACAAGCAAGAUCUACGACCAGUGGUUCCAGAUAAACAAGCCGGCCUUGCAAGCCAACCCAGAGCUGGCCAAGGAGCACCCCGAGCUGGCUCCGCCCAGCAAGUCGACCAAUGCGCGCGAGCUUGUCUCUCUGAGGCUUCCCGGACCCAGGUCUGCGUUUGUCAACAAGGAUCUUUUGCCAUUACUGCAGCGGAAGCUGGGCAUCAAGUCGCUGAUUAUUGGCGGCAUUGCGACCAGUGGUGCUGUUAUUGGUACAGCUCUGCAAGGGAUUGAUGAGGGUUUUGUCACUACAGUUGUUCGGGAUGCCGUCUGGGACCCCAAUCAGCAGGUUCACGAGGAUCUACUCAAUGUUGUUCUCCCCGUCUCAGGUUAUGUGGUCUCAACCCAGGAGGCAGUGGGCUACUUGAGCAAAUAAAGUAGGGGGCGAGACAAGUAAAUAUUUUCUGGUUUCGCUUCUAUUACAUAUACGUCCGAAGCCAUACAUGGCGCCUCUAUACAGUCUCAUGGUGAACGCCCAGAGACCCAGCGUUUCAAGAACAUACAAUGCCGAUAACAGUGGUAGAUACUUCAUUUGGAUGUCCAUAUCGUUAGAACGUAAUUCUUCUCGACCAUCUUUGGACGAUCGCUGGAGUAGUUAACUUAAUGUAAUCAAACUCAAAAUCA